CCCCCUCAUUCUCCAUGCCACUAGAAAACCCCAUGACUUUAAACAAACUUCUCUUCAAAAAUAAGCUUUCUUUUCCAUCCCUAUCUAUAUAAACAAUACUCUUAAUUAAAUUCCAAACGUCGAUAGAAAAAAAAAUUAAAAAAAUGGCCUCCGCAUGCAUAUCGAAUUGCAUCAACGACGCUCGUGCUCCGGUCCGGGCCACUUACGUAAACUUGUACAAGUGGCCCGAAUCGGAUGCCGAAUUUAUAAGAUCAGUCAGCUCAAAAAAUCAUGAUCAUGGUCGUGGUCGUGGUCGUGGUCGUGAUCGUGAUACUGGUCCGAAGGUGGUGGAUAGUAUUUCGUGUAGGCAAUUAUAUUUGAGGAGCUAUACUUUUUCAAGGGAAGAUCAAGUGAAUUUGAGUGAUGAGAAGAAAUCUCAUGUAAAAUGUUAUGGCAAAAGAAAGAGGAAAUUGCCUCGUCGGAUUGACGGUGGCGAUGGUGGUGGUGGUGGUGGCCGGGCACGGAGAACGAGAAGGAAGUGUAAAGGGUUUAGUAAAGCUAAGGAGUUCUCUUGCGCGGCGUUGGCUUCGAUUUUUCGGAGGUUACUAUCUUGUACAACUAAGGUCGAUGUGGUUGGUUAAUUAAUAGGUUAAUUUUCUCAUAUAAUUAUUCAACUAAUAAUAAUUAUCUCGGAUAAUUUUUUGCAACAACAAAAAAGUGAUCUCAUGAGAUAAUUACUAUUGAUUGUGUGAAUUUUAUGAGAAAUCAAACUUGUUAAUGGAUUCUAAAUUAUGUUUACUUCAAAGAUCACAUACAAUUUUAAUUUCCUUUCUAUUUUCAUUUCUUUUUUUGUAUACUUUGUCUUGAGUUUUGUUUACACGGGAUCUUGUUCGAAUAUUUGAAAUUAAUGUAUGUGCUUAAACUUUACAAGAAUGGCAUAUUGGGAUUAUGCGGUUCAAUGUUAACUGAUCAUGGAGGAUAUAUUUGCUUAGUAAAAUUAAAUUUAUGAAA